AUGGUUCGCGCCGCCGCUCACUCUCUGGCCCAUCGGGGCCCACCAACAACAACAACAACACAUUCACACACUCGGGUUCGCUGGCAACCCUAUUAUGCCACCCUUUCCUCAGUUUCCUCACGCCAAUCUCCUUCAUAUCUCGUCACUCCCGUCUCAUCUGUAUCAUCCAUUACACCUUCACCUUCAUCGACAUCAGUAUAUGAACCAGAACGACAGCGAAAUACUCAAUUUCACACCCGAGAAUAUCAGCUCCGCGACUCCCAGAAAUCGAAAUAUGUGACUGGUCUAGUCGAUCAAGCUGUAGGAUCAAUAUGUGACAUAUGGAACCCCCAGGAUAUCCCUUUCGUCUUUUUGACAUCGUCUCGUCCGACUGUGGCCACCGCUUCUACCGACUCCAUUAUUGCAUCCCUUCCCAGUAUCUCACUCCACGGACGUAAUACUCAACUUCCCUCUCCCAUAUCUCCAACGACACAGUCAUCUCCCACGCCCGCGCCAUGUAUCCCAAAUUCGUACUCCCCCGAGAUACCCCUGACGCCCGAGUCGAGAGAUCAGGCACCACGGUGCGACAUUGCGCCCAUGAAAGGGUUUGUUCACGAGGUUCUUCGUCGUUCUCGCACGUCAGGCACUGUUCUACAGACAGCCCUUUGUUACCUGGAAGCUAUCCGCGCCAAGAUCCCAGAGCUGGUCUCGCAGGAGAAGGGUCACCCUGGGUCCACUUGCGAAAAGGAAUCGGUUGAACGUAUCGUCCAAAGCGAGGUCAGCCCAUCUUGUGCUGGCCUUGAUGGUCCUACCUCUUCUCCGGAAACGUCGGCAGGCAAUGGCUUGCUGGAUACUAUUCGCAUCAAUCCUAUUACACUUGAGGCCGAUUCUAUAUUUGCAGAGCCGGUAUUAGGAAGCAGACAAGGUCUGCCGCUUCCUCCACUUCCGUCACCGCUUUUGUGUCCUCGCCGCACUUUCCUUGCGUCACUCAUCCUUGCGUCAAAAUUCAUGCAAGAUCGCUGUUACUCGAAUCGUGCAUGGGCUAAACUUUCGGGCCUUCCGCCACGGGAAAUUGGCCGUUGUGAACGUGCUCUGGGGGAGGCGCUUGAGUGGCGCCUCUGGGUUGGCAAGUUACCCGCAGCGCCGGUUGCUUCCGGACGCGCUCUCACAAAGUGCAAAAGUGAAAGCAACAUUUUGCUUAGGAGCAGCCCGAUAUCGCAGUCAGUAAUGGAGACUAGCCCGGCUGUUUCACCAAUAUCGGUAGGCUCACCUCUGGUGGCAAGGCAUCGUGCGGGUCUCAGGCGGCACGCCACGUUACCCGUACACAGCUUCUAUCGCGAAGACUCAUAUCCGGCGACAAUUUCGUCUGCCGUUGAAACUUCGCGGUGGAUGCCAACCGAAUCGAGUCUGGCAAUGGAUACCAGUCCGAACGACACCGAGAUCAGUCCACCGACGCCUGGUCUCAGCUACUCGCCUACGCCCACGGAGUCAUCGCUUGGGGAUCGCACUAUUCAAAUGUCAAGUUUCAUGGACAUGUCGACGCCGCCGCCGCCAUCCGGUCAGUUCGCCGCUUUUUCGAGCGCGCAGAACGACAAGAUAUUGCAGCCGGUACCGAUCCCGUUCAUGUAUUUGACGCCGAAUAAUGUGUGUCGGAGUCACGUUGAGGAUCAACCGUAUUUUGCAACAGGUAUUUCAGCAUCACACAACGAAUCCUGGCCAUCAGUAUAUGCUUUUUGA